AUGGAUCCCGUCACCGCUAUUGGCCUUGCCAGCAAUGUCCUCCAAUUCAUUGACUUUUCCUACAAAAUAAUUUCUGGAGUCAAUAAGAUCCGGUCUUCUACGACUGGAAUGACCCCUGAGAACGAGCGCCUAAGUGUUUUGGUGGAAGAUUUGAAUGUUGUUACGCAGAAUUUGGUCACAGACGCCCCCGCUAAGACUGAAAACGAAAGGCAACUCAGCGCCUUGGCUGCGAAUUGUCAUGAAUUGUCAGAAGAGCUCUACCAAAUUCUCCGACGGCUGAGGGUCGGGAAUAAGAAUUCGAAAUGGGAGGGCUUGAUGGUGAAGUGGCACAGCGUGCGGAAAGAGAAGGAAAUUGAGAUGAUUGAGCGACGGCUACAAGGGUAUCAAUCUCAGAUUCUGAUCAGGUUGCAGGUCAUGUUCAGUCACAAUGCCAAUAAGCAGAAUCAUUUCGUCAAUGGCCAGCUAGAGGCUCUUCGAAGUGAGGGUAAGGCUCUCCAGAAUAGAACAGCCACCGAACUAGACGAGUUAUAUGAGUCUAUUUCGACACUGGUUGAGACUAUCCAGUCGAAUUCGGCUCAAGCGAGGUUGCACGACUCAAAAGAAGGACCGCUCGUCGAACUGGGAGCUUUGCUGUCAGAAUUUCAGUCCGUGACGACUUCUCUGUCACAUCAAAAUAAGGUCCUGGAGCGGCUGGCAUUUAAGUCCAUGUAUAGCCGCGAGGGCAGCAUUGAAAAGGCCGAAAGUAGCACUUUCGCAUGGAUGGUUGACGAAGUUUCACAACCGACAAUUGAUCAAAUUGAUCUACCUGCUGGUCCCCAAGACAAUAGUGAUGAGAGGGUUCAGCAAAGGAAGGAUCACGAGAAAGAGAAAAUGAAGCAGGAAGCCUUGCGACAGCGUACUCGACAGGAAUUUCUCACUUGGCUCAACUCCGGCCGUCACAUCUUCCAUAUAUCGGGGAAGGCGGGAUCGGGGAAGUCUACAUUGAUGAAGUUUCUUGCUAAAUCUUCUCGGGUCAAGAAAGAGUUAGAAAGCUGGGCCCGCGGUCGUCCCUUGAUUUUUGUGCGGUUCUUUUUCUGGAACUCGGGCGAUACCGAGCAGAUGUCUCUGGAGGGUCUAUAUCGAAGCUUGCUGUUUGAAACAUGCAGGCAAAAGCCUGAUCUGAUUCCUCGGCUCUUCCCUGAGAUUUGGCGAGAUAAAAGCUUGCUGGCAGCCCCUAUACAUUUUGAUGAAGUCAAAGAAGCGUUCAAUCGUCUGAUCCAGGAAGCAAGCUCCUCCAAAAGCUAUUUCUGCUUCUUUAUUGAUGGUCUGGACGAAAUUGACGGCGACGAGAUCGACCACUGGCGCAUUUCUCAUGAUCUACAGUCCUGGACAGCCCAAGCAGAUAAUUUCAAGCUUUGUGUCAGCAGUCGUCCUCAUGUUCCGUUUGUCCAAUCCUUCGCGAAUGACUUGAAUCACCAGAUUAGUAUCCACGAACUCACUCGGGAGGAUAUUUUGAAAUUCACUAUGGCCAUGUUCGAAAAAGACCCCAAUUUCCAUCGCAUCAAGGAUACAUAUAAAGACCUGGCGAUCGAGAUUGUGAACGCCUCCGAUGGGGUGUUUCUCUGGGCUAGACUGGCUGUCCGCUCCCUCUUGAAAAGUGUUGGAUAUCAGGCCAGCGAGAAGGAUUUGAAGCGAAAACUUCAGUUGCUGCCCAAGGGGCUGGAUGAGCUCUUCGAUCAAAUUCUUGGCUCCAUCGACCCCGACGAUCAGCCUCUGUCGGACCAAUUGUUUCUCUUAACGACUGCCAAUUUCUGUGCAUGGAAGCCGAUAGUUCAGAACGCGAUCACAUACUCAUGGCUAGAGGAUCUUGAUGAUCCGGGUUUUCCUGGUGAAUUCCCAAUGGUAUCAUACACAGAGAUCGAAAUUGACGAGCGACUCGAGCGUGUUUCGUGCUUGUUGGAUCGCCUCUCUCGGGGCAUACUCGAGAUGUCCCGAAAACGCAGCCGUGAGAAAGACGGACACGACUACUUUAGCUUCCAAGUGCAAUUUCUCCAUCGCAGUGCUCGUGACUACAUUGUGGAAACCCGAAAAGCUCAAAUGCAAGCCCGCAUGCCGGAGUUUGAAGUCAUUCCAGGAAUAUUUCGCUUGUUGCUUGCAGAACUCAAAUUUGCGUUACCCACACUGCAUGAUUACAGACCCAGAGUAUGGGGGAACUUUGGUGGAGAAGGCGGCGCUAUCAGGGUGGCUGUUCAUAGGCUUUUCACUGUGAUGGAGAGCGCCCAUAUAAAAUGUGGCUACGACGUGCCAUCGCGAUUCUUUGAAGAGGCCAGCCAUAUUAUUCAGCAUCAUGCCCGAGCGACGGAAGGAGGAACAGAAAUCCCUCCCGCAGAUGAGAUCUCGGAUUUCAAAGGCUAUAUCUGGGGUGAAAACUUGCAACGCGUCGGUCGCACGUGGCUCACUUUAAGGGAGUCAAAUCAUUCUCCAGAUUUCUUAUGCGAGGUGGUGUGCCGUGAACUGCAGCAGUUUCUUUCACCCGAUCUGAUGAGGCAAUUAAAACAGCAGAACCUGAUCUCAGGACCAAAUUUACUGCUUGUUGCCGCUCAAUCCAGCAGCCUCACAUUAGUACAGCAGCUUCUCCAUGAAGGGCGGACCCCGACAGAGAUGGUGCCCAUGGAACCGAUCCGUCCCUUCGACAACAACUGGGAAGAGAUGACGACAAUACCAGCCUCCCAAGCUGCCAAUUCCGUGUGGAUAAUAUUUCUGUAUAGAUUAGUCGAGGUAUUCUUCUCAGGUUCUCUUAAACGCUCGAAAGUUCGAUUUUUGGAAUGUCUGGAGGAGUUCAUGCUAUGCAAUGUUGAUUGCAAUGUUCAGUUUGUCGUGAGAAUAUUUCCCUCGUUCGGGGAAUUUGACAAACCAGGGAGUGAUAUGAAAGACACCUGGGAAGACAGAUGGCAAGAUAAGGGUGAAACAGAAGAAAGAGUGGUAUUUGACUUACUGGAAUUUCUAGAGUUGGUGGGACCGUCCAACAUGGAGGCUUUCCGUGCCAAACUUUCAGGCAAGAGGGUUCAAGGAGACCAAUCAGAAGUGGUGCCCGUGUAUGGACCUACAAUUAUUCACCAACGAGGCUCUAUCUCGAAGGCCCUUGAGGCAAUUGUGGCUGCGGGCAAGUUCAGUCAGACUCGUGCAUACGCAUUGUGCCUCGCCCUCGAAAGUGUCAUCACUCCCUCCGAACGAUUGGACACGCCUUUCGCUUUCCGAAUCAGCUAA